AUGAGAGAAAUAUCCGAAACUUUGGUUAAACCUUUCCCUAUAACCCAAACUUCUCAUAUUAUCAAUGGAUUUGGAAGAGGGUCUUCUGAUUUGGGUAUCCCAACUGCCAAUAUUCCCAUUUGUCCGGAGUUGAAUGAUCUCGAACCAGGAAUCUAUUUUGGAUGGUGUCAAUUGAGUCCAGUUGACAAUACCCCUUGUGAAAAUAAAAGAGCCGAUGGUACCAUGGUAGAAUUUAACUAUGGUAAAGCCUUGCAACCUCAAGAUCUUGAAAUCUUACCCAUGGUCAUGUCUAUAGGAUUCAACCCAUUCUAUAAUAAUAAAGAGAAAGCUGCUGAGAUCCAUAUAAUGCACAAGUUUUCUUCCAACUUUUAUGGUUCCUCCAUCAAAUUCGUUAUAGGCGGAUACGUUAGACCAGAGUUGGAUUAUACUACCAAAGAAGCUUUGAUCGAAGAUAUAAAUGAAGAUAUCAGAGUUUCAUUGAAAUUCUUGAACACUGAAGAAUAUUUGGGUUUAAAGAGUCUUUUCUGA